AUGGACGUGUGGGGCCCCGCCCCCGUUCCUGGGCCAAGCCUGGAGCGCUACUUCCUGCUGGUCGUCGACAACUACACGCGCUAUACCACGGUGUUUCUCUUGCAGCGCAAGGGCGAUGUCCGUCUUGUUCUGAUCCCUUGGAUACGCGCUGUUCGUCGCCAGCUGAGCGCACGGUUCGAUCAAGACCUCCCGGUACUCCGUCUGCACUCUGACCGUGGAGGUGAGUUUUCCUCCAAUCUCCUUGAGGACUUUUGUCGUGAUGAGGGCAUCACCCAGUCAUUCACGCUUCCGGCCUCUCCACAGCAGAAUGGGAUUGCUGAGCGCCGCAUUGGCUUGGUCAUGGAGGUUGCUCGCACGACCACGAUCCAUGCGGCCUCUCCCCAUUUUUUGUUGCCGUUUGCGGUCCGAUACGCAGCGCAUCAGCUCAACCUCUGGCCCCCCGUCUCCGAGCCAGAGACCUCAUCUACCCUCCGUUGGACGGGGGAGGUUGGCGAUGCGUCGGCGUUUCAGAUCUGGGGUUCGAUUGCCCUUGUCCGCAAUACUACAAUAUCGGACAAGCUCUCUUCUCGCACCCCUGUCGUUGUGGACUCCGGUGCUGCUGGAGGUGGUGGCGCUGGAGGUAUAGGCUUUGGGGGCGCUGGCGCUGGAGGUGCUAAUCUUGGAGGUACUGAGUCUGGGGGUGCUGCACUUGGAGGUGGGCAGCAGCUGCCGUCGCGUCCUCAGGAGACUCUCUCUCUACAGCAGCUACGUGAGAGUGCUGACUCUGGGGGUGCUGAGCGUGGAGGCGGACAGCCGCUGCCGUCGCGUCCGCGGGAGACUCUCGCGCCGCAGCAGCGGCGUGAGUGGGUAGUCGGACGCCGUGCUGACUCUGCAGGUGUUGGUUUUGGGGUGCUGGGCGUGAUGGUGCUGCCACUGGAGGAACUGAGCCUGUGGUUGCUGAUACUAGAGGCGCUGGAGGUAAUGGAGCAGGAGGUGCUGCGGCUGCUGGUGCUGGAGGUACAAGAGCCGGAGGCACAUGAGCUGGAGGUGCUGGGGGUUCUCGUGCGAUAG